CUCMCUCCCUCCCAGCAGAACCACACCCAGCCAGCAGACGUGACUCACACUGGAUCCUCUGUGAGGAAACACCCAGGCAGAGCCGAACCAAAGCGGACCAGCUGAACCCGGACCCGGUUCUGUGACAGCAUGAGGUUCUGUUGGAGGAUAGUUUGUGUGCUGCUGCUUGUCUCUGGAGCUCUGACACAGGACGGAUUUGACCUGGGUGAUGCUCUUGAUGAUCCAACGCCAGCCCCUCCAAAGAAGCAGCCCACAGCGAAGCCUAAACCAGAUGAUGGCUUCGGCUUUGAUCUGGGGGACGCCAUUGACCAGGACCCCAAACCACAACCGGACAAACCUGCCGUUGUCCCACCAAAGUCUGGGGGAGGCGGUGGAAGUUUUGAUGACUCAGACCUGGUCGAUGUGGGAACUGGAGACUACAAGCCUGAUGGGGGCCGCUCAGGAGGAUCUGGACCCAUGGCAGGAAUCAUCAGUGCCAUAGGAGUGGCUCUGGUGGGAGCAGCUUCCAGCUACUUCGCCUACCAGAAGAAAAAACUCUGCUUCAAGAUCCAAGGAGGUCAGGAUCCAGAGAGUGGGAAGGUACAACARGGUAUUCACUCCGAUCCCCAAGUUUUUAGCGACCUGCUGAAGACCGACAGGACCUGAUCCAGCUCUUCAGCCGACGCUCUUCUAACAUCUUCUGUGUGAAAAAACAAACUUCUUCUUUCGUUCGAAGUCACAAAGUCAACUUUUAUCAACAACUGAAUCUUUCUCUAAGUUUGAAAAACUAACCCUCCUGCUGCCCUUAGGUCAACUGGCCCACUGUGACCCUGGUGGGCCAUUUGGACUCGAGGGCAGCAGGAGGGUUAAACGUUCCAGCAGUCCAGAAAUGAUUGUGGUGCUUUUAUUUUGAUAGUGUAGUGUAUUUACUGAAGACAGGAAGUGAUCGUCUGCACUUCCUGCUUCUCUGAUUCUGACACUGAAGUAUCACACAGCCUCAGUUUACCGYCGGGUGCAAGAAGUUUGUUCUCAAACUCUAAUUGUGUCAUAUCUGAAAGGAUAGUUCAGACUUUUCUGAGGUGGAGUUCUGUGGAAAGUUAAUAUCUUACCUGUUGCAGAUAAAUCUUUAAACAACCUCAGUUUGAGUUUAAUUCUGGUUUGAUUGAUAAUCAUUUACUUUACACUGCAGUGUUCUUAGCAAUAGAAGUAUUCUGAUAUUCCUGCAGGAAGUGUCCCCAGACGUGCUACAGCUAGCUGCUGCUGCGCUAACAGAGCUUGCAAAUAACCACAGAAUUUGAUGUAAAUAAUAAAAUUUAAAUUUAUGAGACUAGCUCUGUUUUAAGGUGGCGAUUAGCCAUUAGCUCCUCCAUGUGGUCAUAAUUAAUGUUUGUUGUUUAAAGAGUUAUUUACAGAUAAAAAAACCUGAACUGUCCCUUUAAAUGUUAAACAGCUGCUUCAACCCAAAUCAGUCCACAAACAAGAAGCCAUCCAACCUGCAUGUUGUACAGAAACGUUGUAAAAGUGCCUUACAUUUAGCCCUGUAGUCAGAAGUAGAACCAGGAAAUGAUGUCAUGUCCAACUGAACCGUGAUUGGAUGGUUUUCUUUCAUUAGCAUAGCCUGAUGGGAGCUUUUAUGAAGGGAACAAAAGUAGACCGAGACUAGAACUCUGAGGAACACCAUGAUGAGGACUGAAGCGCUCAGAAUGGUUGCUCUGCAGCCGAGCGGACGAUGCGCGGUCGCUAAGUGAUGCUAACUGAUGAAAACGUUGUAGAACUGUGUUCCUUCAGAACCAGGAUUAACUGGACUCUCAUUGGGUUCUGCUAGCUUUGUACUAUUUUGGCUCUUUUUCGUUUUUAACUACAAUUUUGCUAACGUUAGCUUCAUUUAGCUAGUUUUUAUUUUCGCUAACAUGAACUCAACUAUGGUUUUAAUGAGUUCAACAGUCUGCUACAAUUUAGUUAACUUUAGCUUUUAGCUACUGUUUUGCUAGUUUUAGAAGUUCUGCGUUGGUUUUACUUUUUUCUCUCUAAAUUUGUUAAAAAUUCAGCUUCAGCUUAAAAAAAAGUCGAACAGAAAACGACUUUUUUUAAGCUCCUUUCAUCACCUUUUAUGUGCGAGGCGGCCAUGUUGGAUUUCAGGUCAGGGCUCUGAAACUUUCUGAUUCAGGAUUCUGACAUCAGAGGAGCUUCUAGUGAAGUUUUAUAAAUACAAACGUUUGACUUCUGAGAACAAACGGAACGCACAAAUAAUUCUCCUUCACUGUUCUGGUACCAUGUAUGAAUUUACACUUCCUGUGAGGAUUUCAGAGUAAAAGUCUGCCAACUUUCUCAGGUAAAACUGGAAAUGGUGUGUGAGUCUGAGUGUGCUUCUGUUGUUUGUUCAGUUCUGAAGCUUUGGUCUCAUUUUCUUCAUCAUCUUACUGGAUGAAAGUCCAGCUGAAGGAGCUUAAAUCUGACCUGCUGCACAGUAAAUUCACACAAUGAACUGAUGGUUUUAAACUUUAGGUGACAGAGUCAGACGUACGGAAGUCUGUUAACGCCACAUCAGGAAAAAUGAUUCAGAACGUGAAAACUUCUCACAUGUUUACAUGUUAUUAACUUUAUACACAUUUAACAUGUUAUAAAUUCAAAAUAUAUUAUUACAGAAUAAUUUUUAAUCAAAACAAACACAAAAACAACAUUAUUUAAUGUAAAAAAUAUAGUAACAGCAAACUCUUUAUUUAAUGAUGGAUGAGAAUAUCUUUAACAAAAACUAAACUUUUGCGUUCUAUAGGAUUUAUUUUUUUCUGGGUGGCAGCAACAUGCUUCCAUAGGACGUUACAAAGCUCAGUUUCAUGUUUUUUAUUUUUUAUUUUUGUUUUUAAUGUUGAAGUUAACCCUCUCAGUUUUUACAGCCUUUAUAAAAACACAAAUCAAGCUGAAAAUUUUCACUUUUGGUCACUUUUUGACAAAUUUGUUGUUCGAUGCACUUUUAAAUGUUUAAACCAAGUUUAAAACAGAAACUAAUCAGAAAUGUUGGAGAGUUUUUGCAUUUCCUCUGUUUUUUUGCUUCUUGUGCUUCUUUCAGCAGAUUUGUUAAAUUUCCUUCAGACAGUGUUGUUUUAGUUGUUAGAUAGUUGAAAUAAGGACAAGUUUGUUGUUUUGAUCUUUAUCAGCUGAAGUCUCUGAUGUUAAAAUACUGAACCGACCUGUAAAUAAGAAGUUCUGCUGCCUUCAGGUUUAAUCAUAUUUGUCACUUUGUGUUUGACUUUAAGUUUUGUGUUAUCAGAUCUGUUACAUGAAUGUUACCUUCAGUUUGUGAGUUUCUCUAAUGAACACAUGUUCAAUAAAGUUUGUACAGUUUG